AGGGAUACGUAGACACUCGGCCAACGUACGGCUACAGGGCUACUUUCAUAUAUCUAUAUAUGUACUGGUGAUCUGCUAGCCCGAACAAAACCAAGAGUCUUACAAGGCUCAACGAACUGUUACGUGAAUAUAAUAAAGGUUCUUUUUCGGUUUUAUUGUCUGCUUUUAACACAACGUUCGAUCGAGGAGAGGCUUUUUUUCUGGGUCCGUCGACUAUAUUCAAGAAUAUUCAAGAAGACCUUUGCUUCUUCGUGAUCAUGAUAUUGUCUUAAGCUGUAGUGUUUUAAUUAAGAUUAUAGUACGUACGUUUCUCGAAUCUGAUUUCCAUUUUUUUCAGGAAGCAGAAUAUACAGUUAAUUUACUGGUACGUACUACUAAGAAUUAUGAGCUACCGUGGGCGUCGGCAAGAGAACGGCGCUAGGGACGAGGACGUGGAGAAGCAAGUUGCCAACAAUAAUGGAGUUAAUUCAGAAGAAAAGAAAACAGCAAAAAUGAAAAUCCUCCACCCAAAUGGGCUACCCGUUCGAGUCUGGAGUUGGAUUUUUGUAGUGUCCUCUGUUAUUGCAGUAUCAGUGGUGGACCCGUUGUUCUUGUACGUUCCUGUGAUCAACGAAGAUGAAAAGUGUCUUGCGUUGGAUACAAGAUUAAAAACCAUGGCUAUUUGUUUGCGAGCGUUCACCGACGUGAUUUAUUUUGUGAAUAUCAUUUUGCAAUUUGUCUGCCCAUAUAUGGACGAGGGCGCUCGUAAAGUUGGACGAAUUAAGUUUGUAACGAGUCCUUGGCCAAUAGCAAAGAGGUACUUGUUGUCGUGGCGCUUCCUAAUUGACAUUCUCGCUAUUCUUCCACUUCCACAGGUGUUAGUUCCAAUUAUAUUUAGAGAGAUGAGAGACCCAAGAUAUUUGGACAAGAGGAAGGUUCUGAGUGGUAUUGUUCUUGUCCAAUAUGUGCCAAGAGUUAUGCGGAUCUACAUAUCAUGGAGGAAACUUGUCAGGACUGCUAACAUAAUUGCUCGAAUUGUAUGGCUUAAAGCUGCAUUCAAUUUCUUUCUGUACAUCCUUGCCAGUCAUGUACUGGGUGCCUUUUGGUACGUAUUUUCUAUCCAACGAGAGACGGCUUGCUGGUACAUAGCCUGCAAAAAGCAAAAUGGAUCAUGUGUCCCAAGUGCUUUCAGCUGCAGUCAUAAGAGACCCCCCAGUUUGGAAAAUUACACAUUUUUAAUUGAUUAUUGUCCUCUUGAUAAACCAACAAAGUCGCAAUUUGAUUUUGGAAUAUUUCUUGAUGCCAUUGAAUCUGGUACAGUCGCAUCGAAAGAUUAUCCCAAAAAGAUGUUGUACUGUUUCUGGUGGGGACUGCAAAAUUUGAGUUCUUUCGGUCAAAACCUUCAAACCAGCAAUUAUUUCUGGGAAAACUGCUUUGCGGUUUUUAUUUCCAUCUCUGGCUUGCUCCUCUUUUUGUAUUUCAUUGGUAAUGUGCAGACAUAUAUUCAGUUGACAACCGCAAGGUCAGAGGAAGUUAUACAGAAGAUGAAAAUAAAAAAAAGAGAUAUAGAUUUGUGGAUUAAAAGGAACAACUUGGAUGAUGAUAUUAAACCACAUAUCAUGCCCAACAUACUACGGGUAUUGGAACAAAAUAUAGAUGUUGAUGCACAGAAUCCGCUACCUCAUCUUCCCAUUGAAAUAAGAAGGGAUAUUAGGAGCCAUCUUUGCUUACCCAUGCUAAAGAAAGUGCCAAUGCUGCAAAGUGAACAACACAUGUUGCAAUCCAUCUGCGAGAGUCUCAGGCCAGUGUACUUCAACGAGCGCACCUAUAUUGUUCGAGAAGGUGAACCCCUUGAUACGAUGCUCUUCAUCACGCAAGGCAUUGUUUGGAACUUCACAACCAGUCGUAGGGUUGAUGGAACUUUAUUAAGCGGAGAGUGUCUUGAAAGAGGCCAUUUCUAUGGAGAAGAACUUCUAGCUUGGGGGUUCAGAGGCUCCCCCAAACCCAACCUUUCGGACCUUCCACUCUCCACCAAAACUGUCAAAACCCAUACAAAAGUAGAAGGUUUUGUUCUGAUGGCCAAGGACUUGAAGACUCUGAUUUCCAGGAGGCCGACUGAAGCAGCUUUUGCUUUACAAGCUGCUUGGCGGCGCUAUAAUGGAAAGAAGAAUGCUCAGUGCAGCACUCUUGCAAGGAGGCCAAAACCAGGCCUCCAUGCUCAUAGACUAAUGAUGUGUGUUUGAAUGUUGAGUUGAGUUGAGCUAAAUUUUUUAUGAAUAAUAAUAAGUUGAGUAGGUAGAGUGAGUUAUGUCGAUCCAUCUCAAAUGAAUUUAAAUAUAUUUGGAUGUUAAGAUGAA